AUGCCACCUGGAAGAAUCCUCGUCAUCGCCGGGUCUGAUUCCUCUGGCGGAGCCGGCCUGGAAGCAGACCAAAAAGUCAUCGCCGCCCACGGCUGCUACGCCAUGACGGCCACCACAGCCCUCACAGCCCAGAACACCCUCGGCGUGCACGAGAUACACCAUGUCCCCGCCGAGUUUCUUCGGAAGCAGAUUGAUGCUGUUGUGACGGACGUCGGGGUGGAUGUUGUCAAGACUGGCAUGCUGGCAUCAGCUGGGACUAUCGAGGCUGUGUCUGAAGUGAUUCGGGAAUAUAAACUCAAGACAGUGGUUGUCGACCCAGUUAUGGUUGCCACGACGGGGUCGCCUUUGUUGCCUAAUACCUCGCUUUCGCUUCUUAGGGAGAAACUCGUGCCUUUGGCUACGGUUCUCACGCCUAAUCUGCCUGAGGCGAGGUUGCUACUUGCUGAUGCUGGGUUUGGGCACUUGCCGGUGGAGAAGGUGAGUGAUUUGGAGGGGAUUGCCAGGGCGGUGGGGAGUUUGGGGCCGAAGUGGGUUUUGAUCAAGGGGGGGCAUUGUCCUCUUAAUGGGGAGGGGAUGAUUGCGGCGGAGGAGGGGAAGAGGGAGAAGGUGGUGGAUGUGCUUUGGGGGAGGGAUGAGAAGGGGGGGGAGGUGCUGAGACGGGUCGAGACGCCGUACUGGGAGAGUAAGCAUACGCACGGAACGGGGUGUUCUUUAGCUUCGGCGAUUGCGUGUAACUUGGCGAAGAGGAUGGAUAUGCCCCAGGCGGUGGAAGCGGCGUGUCGAUAUGUUGAGGCUGGGAUAAAGACUGCGCCGGGACUGGGGAAGGGGAAUGGGCCGUUGAACCACUUCCACUCGACGUAUACUUUGCCAUUCGCGCCGGGCCACUUCAUUGAGUACCUGCUCGAAAGACCAGACGUCGCUCCAGUGUGGAAGCGCUAUGUCACUCACCCUUUUGUGUUGGCCAUGGGCGAUGGCACAUUGCCGUUGGAGUCAUUCAAGGGGUAUUUGAUCCAGGAUUAUCUGUAUCUGACACAUUACGCCCGAGCAAGUGCCCUUGCUGGGUAUAAAGCCAAAAAGAUUGAGGAUAUUGGCGCCGCUGCUACUAUUGUAACACACAUCUUCCACGAGAUGGAGCUGCACAUCAACUACUGCAGCGGCUUCGGUAUCUCGAAGCAGGAUAUCGAGAGCUGCGAGGAGAAGGAAGCAUGCACGGCGUACACAAGAUACGUCUUGGAUAUCGGCAACUCAGAGGACUGGCUGGCUUUGCAAGUUGCCAUGGCCCCGUGCCUCUUGGGGUAUGGAGAUAUCGCCAAGAGGCUGUUUUCUGACCCCAGGUCCAAACGAGGAGGAAAUGUUUACUGGGCCUGGAUCAAGAACUAUGUGGAGGAUGACUAUCUGCUGGCUCUCAAGACUGGCUCCGACCUGCUGGAACGACACGCCGUGCUUCAAAGCCCCGCCCGAAUAGAUGAGCUGGCCAGCAUCUUUAUCCAUGCUACAAAGAUGGAGAUUGCGUUCUGGGAAAUGUACAGCUCCUCCUGA